AUGGCUCCCACUUUCUCUCUCCUCCUGCUCCUCCCCAUCCUCACCCUCCUCCACCGCCCGCCGCUCGCCGCCGCGAACCUCCGCACUACCUCCGCCCUGUUCCGAUCGGAAUCCAUCCCCAACCCCGCCUCACAGCCCGCCGCCGACACUCCUCCGACCACCUUCUUCGAAGUCACAAAACCCAUCACCGUCCCAAACACCAAACCUUGCUCCUACACAGUCCUCGAGCACGAAUUUGCUUACACAUACGGCAAACCCCCAGUCCUCGCCGACUACAAACCCCCCUCCAGCUGCCUCUCCCAGAAAUUCGCCAAAAUCGUGCUCGAGUGGACCGCGACCUGCAAGGGCCGCCAAUUCGACCGGAUCUUCGGCGUCUGGCUCGGCGGCGUCGAGAUCCUCCGCAGCUGCACGGCAGAGCCGCGUGCCACCGGCAUUAUCUGGACGGUAAAGAAGGACGUCACAAGGUACCAUUCUCUGCUGAUGACCAAUCAGACGCUUGCUGUUUACUUAGGAAAUCUCAUCGAUAGUACCUACACAGGCGUGUACCAUGUGAAUGUUGUUUUCCAUUUCUAUCCUGCUGAGAAAUUGAAUCACCGUCGUUCUGACGAAUUUGGGGAAAUUGGGGCUGAUUUGAUACUCCCAAUUUCCAGAACCCUACCCCUGAACGACGGGCUCUGGUUCGAGAUCCAGAACUCGACCGACGUUCAGUCGAAGGAAUUCGAUAUUCCUCCCAACACUCACCGCGCCGUGUUGGAAGUGUACGUCUCUUUCCACGAAAACGACGAGUUCUGGUUCGGAAACUAUCCGAACGAGUACCUUUCCGCAAAUAACCUCACCGGAUCCCCGGGGAAUGGCCCGUUUCGCGAGGUUAUCGUGGGCCUCGACAAUUAUAUAGUGGGCUCAAUUUGGCCCUUCACUGUGAUCUACACCGGGGGCGUAAACCCCCUCAUGUGGAGGCCCAUUACCGGAAUAGGCUCGUUCGACCUCCCAUCGUACGAUUUCGAGAUCACGCCUUUUCUCGGAGAGUUGUUGGAUGGGAAAACGCACAAACUCUCGUUUAGCGUGAGAAACGCUCUCAACGUUUGGUACCUCGACGCGAAUUUGCAUCUUUGGCUCGACAAGAAGAGCGCGAGAACCGAAGGCGAGCUAUUGGAACACAAGGAGUCUCCAAUUUCGCUCACGCUCUUUUCGAAUUUCACGGGUUUUGACGGGUUAUUUCUCACGAACGCGACGCGGUCGAUAAUCUCCACCGGGCGCGUGAAAUCGUCACUUGGGGCCAUCACGACUAAAUCGGUCCAAGAGUUUGGUUAUAGCAACCGAAUGGCGAUGGGCAAUGAUGCGAAUUUGCAGAUUUUGAAUCAGGUUAUCAAAUCAAACUGCAGUGUCGUUAUGAAGAAAGCUUCGUCCACCGUGUUAUAUCUCGAGUCCCAAAAGGAGUUUACGCUUUAUCUUCAUUCGGAUAUUAUCGACAAGGGCAAUAAAAGUUACGAGUCAGUGGCAAAUGUGACUUUGGGGUUCGAUGAAAAGAGGCGCGUGAGUUCGGGUGUUGGAACAUUUACGAGCAAGCUGGAGAAUUUGCAGAGUGCGGAGGGGAAUGUGUUCGUGAAGGGAAGUUUGGUGGUUAGUGGAUUGGGAAGCACUCGGCAAGAAUAUCGGUACACGAGCGACAACUCGUGUUAUUUUCGAAACGUGAGCAGCUCGAAUUACACUAUUAUUCACGAUGAGGAGAGCUGUGACUGCAGGAAAAAACUCGGGCUGUUGCCUUCUUUUCCUCGAGGAGAUUUCUAA